GUUGUGACGAGAGAGGUACCCGUCGCAAGUAUCUUAAGAAACGUGGCAAAUUUACAUCCCGUAGUGGGAAGAACACAAAAACUUGCACCGGUUGUAAAGUAGAACAGGGAGUUCAAUCUGCAAAGCCAACUGUCUAACCAGUUGCCCAUUGCUUAGCAACGUACCGCUGAAUUAAAUGUGUCAAAAUGCCGCGAAUCGAUCCUAUGAAACUUCUGGUAUGCCUGAGCGUACUUUUGGCCCCGAAUGGAGGAAUUCUCGCGGCAGCGGAAGUAAAGCGGUUGGCCAACCUGAUGGCCAAAUUUUCAAAAAAGUUGGUCUCCAAGUGUAUAUACAUCCAAAUAUUGAAGUGUACAGAGACGGACCUGCUGGGCCAGUUCAUGCAAACCGGCGGCUGGUCACUGGUGCACAUGUGGUUGGUCGAUGGGAUUGGCUCAAAAAACUGGCCACUCAUACAGGAGCUGCUGGAACUGCUGCUCUGCUGUCCGGUGGAUGUGGAACGGUUGAAAAUCAAUAGCACACCCCGGCUCGUCAAAUCCCUGUCCACCGACAGUGCGCAUGAAAGGGUGCGUGUGUUGGCCUCAAAACUGGUCGAACAGUGGCUGUUUAUUGUGAAAGCGCCAAAACAUUCGUCACCGAUGGUUCCACUUGCUACUGCCACAUCUGAUGCGGCCGCGAUCACUGCGGGAGGAGUAACGGUUACACAACACACCAACGUACCAGCGAUCGCUGCCGGCAGCACUGCUGCUUUCGGAGAAGCUAACAAUAGAGUCACCGGAUCAGAGACAACCGGCAGAGACGGAACUCACAUGUACAAUGGAUCUGCCGAGGGUGGUUCCGUCGCUAAUCUAGCGGAAGACGACGAGAAAGAACGGUCGAUGAAAGUACGCAAACGGGAGGAUGAUAUCGAUUCGGCCAAGAAAACAUUUCGGGCACUGGUCGAGCAAGAGCCACACAAGAAAACUUCGCUGGUGCUGAAGAUAACGACCAAGAACGGAAAGCAGGUGGUGGCGAAGGUUGUGUCACCGGGCAGCAAGAAGUUGAAGCAGGGCACCGACGGAACGAUCCAUGGGAACGGAACUGAGGAUGAAGACGAUCAGGAUGAGGACGAUGAAGAAGAGGUGGUGGUCAACAUAGAGUCGGAGAAGCACCACUCCGACGACACCGUCCCGGAGGCCAAGCAACUGAAGAAACACGAGCACCACGAACAUGCUAGAGAGGGCAAAGAACGGAGUGGAUCGAUCUCUUCUGCGUCGUCAAAAGAUCGCCACCAUAGUCGGGAUCGAGAGAAGGAACGGAAAGGAAGCAGCAGCGGAAGCAGUGGGCGAUCCUCUUCUUCGAAGAACUCCGGUUCCAGUGGUUCAACGGGCAACCACAACAGUAGCAGCAGUAAGCACAAAUCUGGUAGCAGCAGCAGCAGGAGCGGGAGCUCAAGCUCUAGUCGGGACAAGGAAAGAGAUCGCCAUGGUGGUAGUAGUAGUAGUAGUAGCAAGCACAAAAGCUCGUCCUCUUCCUCUUCUAAGUCAAGUAGUAGCAGCGGCUCUAAGAGCAGCGGCGGUAGUGAUAAACACAGAGAUCACAAGGACAGAUCGAGCCACUCCGGCGGUACAAGCGGUAGGGACAAUAAAGAUUCCAAGGGGCAAUCGCUUUCGCCGAGCAGCAGCAGCAGCAAAGUGGCAAAAUUGUCACGCAAGAGCUCAAAAGACGACGUGAACGAUAGUGGGUCAGAGUCGGGCAGCGCCAGUGGUGGUGCUGGCGCCAAGUCGGGUUCUGGCGCCUCAAACGUUCCCGGCGGCCACAAGAAGGCUGCCUCCAUUUCGAUCGAGGUUCGCAACCCCGAAAAUCGACCCAAAACCGUUAAGACGUACAAUUCCCAGUUUCGUUCGCACGGCCUCAUCGAGGAAGCGCCUCCACCGCCAUCUCGGAAGGGUCUGAAGAAACCGUCCACUUCGACGUCGUCCCCCAGCGCCGCCGCCGCUACGGUAGGUGCGGGGUCGGCCGGAGCAACGAAUACUGCGAAGCGUCUCUCACCGCCACCAUCCUCAUCGCCAUCGUCGUCGUCCAACGGCGGUUCGAUGGAGAAAAGAAUCCGGGAGGAUCCCGUCGAUAGGCCUGGCGCCAUCAAGCUGAUAGCGGCCCCAAAACGACAGCAUGCACUAGUCGAGUCGGAUAUGUUCAUGGAUGCCCUGUCGGCGACUCUGCGGAAGGACGUUAAGAAGCGCAAACGAAGAACGAGUGGAUCGGAAAGCACUGGAAGCAGCACCCCGGUCGUCGUCCCCGUUGGCAAAGCUAGCGAAAGCGGGAAACCGUGCGACAGCUCCCCGACGAAGACGACCGUAGCACCCGAAAGUCCAACAACCGCAACGGCGCCAGCGAUAGUUAGCGAGCCUAAACCGGAGGUGGCCCCAGUAGCUCCAACGAGCCCCGCGCCCAAAGCAAUUCCCCCGCCGAUCGUGGCCCCGAUGUCUUUCUACCGUGACACGCUCGCCGAGGACGAGGAAACGUCGCCCAAAGAUGGCGACCUAAAGCAGGAGCAGGAUUCUGAGGAAGUAACGGCGGCGGUGGCCAGUGGCGUUGCUUCCGCCGAUGUGACGGCGGAAUCGAACGCGAUGGAGGUCGAUGAGGACGAGGACAACGAGGAAGAGGAGCAGAUGAUCAUCCCGAAGUCGAAACGUAUGAAAAUGACACUAAAGGAUGAUGAUGAAGACGAUGAGAUGGGUGAAGGGGGAAAGGAGACUCUGAAAGGGUCGGUGAAGAAAGAUUCGGAGACCAGCGGAGAGGCCGAAGAGACGACGAAGACUGAGCAGAACGCUCUCGUAGACGCGAUGAUGACCGACGUGGAGAUGAAGAUGGCCGCCGAAGAGGCGGACGAAGAAGGGUCAGAGACCGGGAACCGGGAGCCGGAUGAUGAUGGCUCGACGGAGGAGAACGCGGACAAGCUGAAGAAGCCCCCAGGGCCGGGCUGUGGUCCGGAUGGGCCGCCCGGUGUGCUGGUGAUCCAUCGGCGGAAGGGUCCGAAGAAGCAGCUACGCUGGCGAGCGGCCGAUGACCUUGAGGAGAUUCGCUACUUCGAGCUGGACGUAACGGAGCGGUGCAACGUGACCAAAUCGUUCACGGACAUGAAACAGCUGGAGCGUGUCGACGAGCGGCAAAAUUUCAGAAUGGCGCGCAAGGUCGGCUCGGAGGACAACAUGACCGAGCGCACCCCCUGGAGGGCACUGCUGGUGGUGGACAACGUGCCUCCGUCGCCGGACGGUAGCCAGAGUCUGGAGCGGAACAUACAGCAUCAGCGCGAGCGGAUUGUCCUGCAGGCGUUGUACUUUAACAAAAGUAUGAUUCCGGACUCACCGUUCGAGGCGGAUCCGAUCGACACCUACCAGACGGCCGACCCGGUGCACAUUCCGCUCGAGGACGUGACGGGCAAUCCGGACUCGGUUAACGAUUUUACCAGCAUGCCGUGGCCGGACGCGAGGUCCACUCCACCGCACGAGUCGGCCGCAUUCAAUUCACCGUUCUUUCCCACCGAUCUGCCUCCGGCGGCCGGUUUCGGUCCCGGCGGCUUCCCGCCACCAUUUGCCGCCGGUGGUCCGGCUCCUUGGCAAUUGCCCGGACCACCGGGAGCGGCCGUUGUUGGUGGCCCCCGGACGAGUCUCCCACCGGGUAUUUUCUCCGCGCUCAAUCAGCCACCACCCGGCAUGCCUCCGAUGGUCGUGGGUUCCUCCGGGGCCACUGGAGGUGCCGCUGGUGGCGCUGGUGGCAAUAGUCCCAACAUUCUCAACCUUCCUCUAAACAUUCCACCGAACGUGCCCCCGCCGGGUAUGUUUCCCGGAGCGGCCACGUUCAACUCGCCACCGCCCGACAUCGCCCUGCUCGAGGCUGGCGGCCGCCGUGGCGGCGGGGACGGCAACUUCCGAGGUGGAAUUCCACCACCGUGGAUUAGCAACAACCGUUCGUUUGGCGGUAGCGGUGGCAACCAUCCACCGAGGGGCGGUGGCUACGGUGGCCACCGUGGUGGUGGUCCUGGCGGAAACUGGAACACCCGUAACGCGGGCAACGGUAAUCGAGCCGGCGACAGGGGUCGCAAUGGGGACGACAACCGCGGCAACUAUCGCGGGCCACCGGGGACCGGUGCUCCAUGGUUGCAAACUAGUCGUGGCCGCGGUGGCGUCGGUGCUCGCAAGUGGUAGCACCACGCCACGCCGCUGGAUGACGGGAUGAUGCUCUCGGAUGACGAGGAUAAGAUGAUGGAGGAGUUCCGCGCCUAAAAGCCACGCCACCACAUCCUCGAUUCAGUUGUUGGUUAAUUUUGUUUAUAGGGUGUGCAGAGUGAAUCGGGAGGCCAGCA